AUGGCGAAAGUGCACAGUGCUAAAGUACUCCCGCCCUCUGCAGCGGCAGCUGAGCUAAAGACGUACAAGCAUGGCGAUGGUCUCGCGUUGAAUGAGCUCAUCGAUUCGCGCAAUCAUGGUGGCCUUACGUACAACGACUUUCUCGUUCUUCCCGGUUUUAUCGAUUUCCCGGCGUCGGGGGUCGAUUUGCGCACGCGUGUGACGCGCAAUGUGGUGCUCAACGCGCCAUUUAUAUCGAGUCCUAUGGAUACUGUGACUGAGGUGGAAAUGGCCGUCUCGAUUGCAUUGAUGGGCGGUAUGGGUGUCAUUCACAACAACAUGUCGCCGGCCGAGCAGGCCGCGAUGGUGCGCAAGGUCAAGAUGUUUGAGAAUGGCUUCAUUGUCGAUCCCCUUGUUCUUAGUCCGAACGAGACGGUAGGCGAUGUGCUGGAAAUUAAGGAUCGUCUUGGGUUUGCAGGCAUCCCCAUCACCGAAAACGGCGCGCUGAAGAGCAAGCUUGUCGGGAUUGUCACUGCGCGCGACAUUCAAUUCCGCGAUCCCUGCACGAGCCUCGCAGAUGUAAUGACACGCGACCUUGUCACUGCGCCGAUGGGCAUUACGCUCGAAGAGGCCAACCGCAUUUUGCGCGACAGCAAGAAAGGCAAGCUUCCCAUCAUUGACCACGCCGGCAACCUCGUCUCUCUCCUCGCGCGUUCGGACUUGCUCAAAAACCAGGACUACCCGCUUGCUUCCAAGCUGCCGGAAAGCAAGCAACUGUACUGUGCGGCUGCAAUCGGUACGCGCCUCCACGACCGCGACCGUCUUGAUCUCUUGAUGGAGGCAGGCUUGGACGUGGUCGUGCUGGACUCGUCGCAAGGCAACUCGGUCUACCAAGUGGACAUGAUUCGCUGGAUCAAGUCGAAAUACCCGAAACUUGAGGUGAUUGCGGGCAAUGUUGUCACGCGCGAGCAAGCAGCUACGCUGAUCGAGGCUGGCGCCGACGCGCUCCGUAUCGGCAUGGGCUCCGGCUCGAUCUGUAUCACGCAGGAGGUCAUGGCCGUGGGCCGUCCGCAGGGCACUGCGGUGUAUGCAGUUGCAGAGUUUGCGCGCAAGUUUGGCGUGCCUGUGAUUGCCGAUGGCGGUAUCCAAAACGUGGGCCACAUUGCGAAAGCGCUCUGCCUCGGCGCGAGUGCCGUGAUGAUGGGCGGCCUGCUUGCCGGCACGACAGAGAGUCCCGGCGAGUACUUCUACCGCGAGGGCCAACGUCUCAAAGGCUACCGCGGUAUGGGCUCGAUCGAGGCGAUGGAGCACCAAAAACGCAAGCAGUUCCACGGCGCAACGGGCCGUGCAGCGGCGAAGGUCGACCAACUCGCCAUUGAGGUUGGCUCCGAAAAUGCUGCGACGCAGCGCUAUUUCUCCGAGAGCGAUGCCGUCAAGGUCGCGCAAGGUGUCAGCGGUGCGGUCCAGGACAAGGGCAGUGUAAAAAAGUUUGUUCCCUACUUGUACACGGGCAUGCAGCACUCGCUCCAGGAUAUGGGCGUGCAGAGCGUUGAUACAUUGCGCGACGCAGCCGAGAACGGUACGCUCCGCUUUGAGCUGCGCACCGCCAGUGCCCAGCUCGAGGGCGGUGUGCACGGCCUGUCGCACUACGAAAAGCGCCUCUUUUCCUCGAAUACGUAG